AUGGUGGAAGACAAAUACAUUGGACUCAUGCUGGCCAUGAGCUCCUCCCUUGCCAUCGGCGCGAGUUUUGUCAUCACCAAAAAGGGCCUCAAUGCCUCCAUCGAGAAGCAUGGCUUCAACGGAGACGGCUUCGGAUAUUUGCAGAACCCGGUGUGGUGGGCGGGCAUCAUAACCAUGGUCCUAGGCGAGAUAUUCAACUUCGCCGCCUACGCGUUUGCGCCCGCCAUCCUCGUGACCCCCCUUGGAGCUCUCUCAGUUCUCAUCGGCGCCGUGCUCGGCUCAUACUUUUUGGACGAACAAUUGGGACUCUUGGGCAAGAUUGGCUGCGCGAUAUGUCUCAUCGGCUCCGUCAUUAUCGUGCUCCACGCGCCGCCCGACAAGGAGGUCCAGUCGGUUGAGGAGAUCCUGAACCUCGCCCUGCAGCCUGGCUUCCUUUUCUACUGCGCCUUCUGCAUCGUCUUCUGCGUCUUCAUGAUCUACAAGAUCGCGCCAAAGUACGGUCGCAAGAAUCCCCUCAUCUACCUUUCCAUCUGCUCCACGUCUGGCUCCGUCUCCAUCAUGUUCAUCAAGGCUUUCGGCAUUGCGCUCAAGAUGACCUUUGCGGGCAACAACCAAUUCACGCAUCCUUCGACGUAUGUCUUCGUCAUCCUGGUCUUGGGCUGUAUCCUCACUCAGAUGAACUACUUCAACAAGGCGCUGAGCCAGUUUUCCACAAACAUUGUAAACCCCCUCUACUAUGUAACUUUUACGACAUGCACUCUGGUUGCUUCAUGCCUCUUGUUCCAGGGGUUCAACACUACAUCUACAGUCAACACUGUGUCUCUCCUUUGUGGUUUCCUUAUUAUCUUUUCCGGUGUAUACCUUCUCAAUCUUUCGCGCGAAGAUCCCAACGGCAACCAGUCACUCGGCUCCCGAUUCACCGACGGCCCCCCAUCCGAUGCCAUUUCUGGAUUCCCUACAAGGCGCAGCAUGCAAUCGCGACGCAGCGAAGAUCUUUUUGAGCGCCACAGGUCUGGCAGGAACAGCAGGUCGAGCUAUGCGGAUGCUGGUGACCGAAGCGCGCUGAUGCACGACUAUGAUGCCGAGAACCAAUUCGAGCUCAGCGACCUCGCCGACAGUGACGAUGACCUUGAAAGCGGUCGAAACGCAAAGCGAACCAGCUUUGACGAAGACACGCGAUUGAACGGCAGACUAAGCGGCACAGGCCGAGGGCGUGUCCAGAAAGAGUCUGUGCAGCCCAAGAGGAAUAAUUCGUCGCGUCGAUAG